AUGAUGAACCUCUUCCGACUGCUGGGGGAUUUAUCCCACCUGCUAUCCAUCCUGAUUCUGCUGCACAAGAUGAAGGUGUCGAGUAGCGCAUCUGGUAUCUCGUUCAAAUCGCAAUUCCUCUACCUGGUCGUCUACCUCACGCGCUACGUCGACCUCCUCUGGACCUUCUACGAACCCAAGUCGCUCUACAACACCAUCUUCAAGAUCAUCUUCAUCAGCACUUCGGCCUACACCGUCUACCUCAUGCUCAACGACUACAAGCCGACACACGAUCCAAAUCUAGACACGUUCAAGGUGCAAUACCUGCUGGGCGCCAGUGCAGUGCUGGCGAUACUGUUUCCCUACAAAUACACCUUCACAGAGAUACUCUGGGCUUUCUCCAUCUGGCUGGAAUCGGUUGCCAUCUUGCCGCAGCUGUUCAUGCUGCAGAGGACGGGCGAGGCGGAGACAAUUACGACGCACUACCUCUUUGCGCUGGGUGCUUACAGGGCUCUGUACAUCCCCAACUGGAUCUACCGUUACAUUUUCGAGGUGCCCAAGUUCUACGAUCCCAUUGCAGUGAUUGCGGGUAUCAUCCAGACUAUUUUGUACUCUGACUUCUUCUACAUUUACUACACAAAUUUAGGGUCAUCCAAGGCAAGAAGUUCAACCUGCCCGUAUAGACCCCCGCGCGCAAGGACGCUGCUCUCUUUCUGCUACUGGUGGCCGAUGCGCGCUCACACGACCGGGCGCACGAUUAGGGAACGACACACGACCAUGUUCUGCCUGCGGAGCUGGAUUCCAGUUCUCUUCUUCUUACUACGAACGCACGCCUCCCCCGUCUACCUCGUCCUCUUCAUCUCGGCCACAUACUUGUUAAACCGACCGUGCGUGUACUGCAGCCUCCUCCUCUUCAUCCUCGUCGUCGCGCUCUUCGACUUUCACACACCGUGGUUCGAUGCGCCGUUGUCGGAUAGUGCGGAGCUGGCGCUGAAUGGGACUGUGGCGGAAAGCGCGGGCAUGUUGGCGCAGGCGGUGAAUGCGACGGUCAAGGCUGGGGUGGACGCGGCAGUGGAGGGGGUCAAGGGGAGGGUUGGCUUAGGACAGGCGAGUGGGAGCGAAGGACAGAGUUAUGAGUGGGUCAAGGGGUUGUUGGGGAAGAAGGAGUGGCGGGUGCAGUGUUUGGAUGUCUUGAUCCGGAUUUAG